GAUCUAUUUUUGAAGAUGGGAGGCAAGGAGGCGCUUGCCAUCACUGUUGCCCGCUCACUACUCUGUUAUCUACCAACGCCUCCCUCUGGAGCUCUUGUUUUCUUCCUCGUCCUUUUACUCUUUACCCUCAUUCUUUUGUCUGGCCGGACCCGGACGUCGCUCUUUUCGAUACUGUAGCUUCCUGAAGCUUUCCGGUCACUAAUAUCAGUAAUUAUGGGCGAAAGCUGGUUCCGCCGUGAAUUCUUGACUCCUCGACGACUCAUCUUCAAUGUGAUUUUCUAUGGCAUCCACCUCUUUUUAUUCGCUUAUGGGUGGCACAGCCAGGAAACUAACAAGAAGUUGGCUGCGCUCAAUGCCCUGACGUGGUCUGUGUGGACUUCUCGUGGAGCUGGUCUCGUUUUAGCUUUCGAUGGAGGCUUGAUCCUCAUUCCUAUGCUUCGCAAUAUCAUUCGAGUUGUCCGCCCUCGAUUGGCCUGGUUGUUUCCCGCGGAUGAGAAUAUUUGGUUCCACAGACAAGUCGCAUACUCCAUGGCUUUCUGGGCCAUGGUCCACACCACCGCUCAUUACGUCAACUUCUUUAACGUCGAGCGCACCCAGGUUCGUCCUGUAACAGCGCUUGAUAUUCAUUACAAGCAGGCCGGUGGAGUUACGGGUCAUUUCAUGCUCCUCAUCAUGGUGCUCAUGUAUACCACUGCCCACCACAAGAUUCGCAACCAGUGCUUCGAGGCAUUCUGGUAUACUCAUCACUUAGCUUUCUUCUUCAUGAUCGGUCUUUACGCCCAUGCGACUGGUUGCUUCGUUCGUGACACUCCCGGCCCUGCCUACAUUCCGACAUUCCCAUUCUAUGACACUCAACACUGCCUCGGGUACAUGAGUUGGCGAUUCACCAUCUGGCCGGGUAUUAUCUAUUUCGGUGAGAGAAUUUGGAGGGAAAUCAGGGCGAGACGUUCUACCCGACUCUCAAAGGUCCUGGUACAUCCUUCCGGUGCCAUGGAACUUCGCAUUAUCAAGCCCAGUUUCAAAUACGUCGCUGGUCAAUGGCUUUUCAUCCAGGUUCCCGAUGUUUCUGGUUUCCAAUGGCACCCGUUCACCAUCACAUCUGCGCCGGAGGACCCUUACGUUUCUGUGCACAUUCGCCAAGUCGGUGAUUGGACCCAAGGACUCGGUGAACGGGUUGGCGCCGGUCCCUCUGUAGUCGCCGCAUUGACGCAGGCCGCCAUGGGGGGUAAAGAGAAAGACGAAUCGGUGUAUGGCACCCGUGGUGACUUUGUGGAGCUCGAUCCUGGCCACUCCGCUCGUGCCUUGCCAACUGUCAGGAUUGAUGGGCCAUAUGGUGCACCUGCUGAAGAUGUCUUCAAAGUUGAAGUUGCCGUGUUGAUCGGUGCUGGUAUCGGUGUCACUCCUUUCGCAUCCAUUCUCAAGCACAUUUGGUACCGCCAGAGGAAAGGCAACUUGGGCUCGCUUAAGCGUGUUGAAUUCUUCUGGGUCUGCCGUGACGCUCCUUCCUUCGGAUGGUUCCAGAGCUUGCUCCAGGAGGUUGAAGCUGCUCAGGUCGACCCCAACUUCCUGCGCAUCAACAUCUACCUCACUCAAAAGAUUGGUGAAGACAUGUUAUGGAAUAUUGCCGUCAAUGAUGCUGGCGCUGAGUACGAUCCCCUAACCCUCCUUCGUACUCGUACUAUGUUUGGCCGUCCCGACUGGAAGGCAAUAUACGGACGAAUGCGACAGGCUGUCGAGACCGGCCAAUACCUACCUGGUAGCAAUUCUCAGCUGAGGACCAAAGUUGGCACCUACUUCUGUGGUCCCGGCGUCCUUGCCAAGUCCAUUAAGGAGGCCUGUGUCCAUAACACCAGUGCUAACGUUGAGUUCAGCUUCGCGAAGGAACAUUUUUAGUCACAGACAUACCAAGCCGUCAAUAGGUCCGUCAUCACACGAUCCCUGAGUCACCACGUCCAUCUUCUCUUCUUGCUCGCCACUUGCUGGCGCGGUCCCGUUUGUGAUUGUAUUGCAACGAGGCUACGCUGUUUUGCUUAUAUGUAUCUAUUAGAACGUCAGUGGUUAAAGAUCAUUGUCGUUGUAACAUUAGAUGUUUCUAAGGGGAAAAUGACAAACACAAUGCAGUCCAUUGUAGGUACUUGGGCACCAACUCCGGUUCAGAAGUAUGCAGUAUGCUCAGAUCACUCCGGUGCUCUUGCAGUACGCCUUAUGUCUUGGCCAAUCGUUUCGCUGCGAAUUGUGGAGUGAGGUCUGUACAACCCAAGAGCUAGAACAUUUGCUUACCUGGCACUGCGCUGAACAGUAGAAGAUACACUAAAGGACGGUACUAAGUAAGCUCGACGGCGGACGAGACUACCAGCUUUCCUCACCUUGCAUUUCGAGCAGCGGGAAAUUUCAUUCAGACGAUAAAGCCUCUGAGAAGCGCACUGAACGCGGUUUAGUAUCCUGAAGGUGAUUACACAUAUAAUGUAUAAUGCACAACAGACCUCAUAGAGACCGCAAAUGACAUGCUCAUCUGUGAUCCGC